AGGGAGAGAGUGAGAGGGUGGUGUUUUUUCUGUGUGUGUGUUUUUUUUUGUAGGUAGGUAGGUAGGUAGGUGAAUGAGGUCUGAAAGAGGAAGCGGAUUGUCAUGAAGGCGUGUUAGCCACCAGUCACUAUGCAAUGAGUCUGGGCCAUCGCUUCCACCGAGGACUCUGGGAAAUGAAUCUUAUACUAUUCCUGCUUUUGGCAUUGACAGCAAGCUGGACUGGACUUGUUCAAUGUGAAGACGAUAAGAACACUACCGAGAAUUUGUUGGAUAGUGCAGGCUCUGGAGAUGAUGGCAGCCAGAACCCCCUACCAACCACUAAAAAUGAGGAAGAAAAGCAGACUACUGAGGCAAAUCCAGUCGCAGACACAGAUGAUCUGAACCCAGUCAUCGUACCUCUAGUUCUCACACUGGUCAUCCUCACUGUGAUCGUGUGUGUCGUCAUGAUCUACUGCAGGUGGAGAAUAAAAGAUGCUGAAGAUCCUUAUCUGGAUCAUGAAGACCACGGAAAGGUGCCAAUGCCCAUGUUUGAUGAUGAUAUCCCAUCAGUGAUGGAGCUGGAAAUGGAAGACAUAGAAAAUUGGAUGGCAAAAGAUGGAGGCAAGAAAGUGGACACUGGCCAAAUAUAAUGAAUAGCUUUUCAGUAUCGGCUGUGUCUUCAUGUCUUCAUAUCUAAUGUUGCACAGUCUACAUGUUGUAGUACACUUAGGUACAUGGAAUUCAGAUGCUCAUAAGAGAAGACAUUUGCUAAUGAUUUUAGAUUAAAUUCAUAAUGCUCUAACUUUAAAAAAAAAUAUUAAACUGCUGUGUAAAGACCAUUGCCGUUUGGAUGAAAACGGACAAACAAAAAUAAGCAGAUGGAUUUUUCUGUCUGUUGCACUGAGCAGUAUACAACAGCUCUUCUGGAAGCUGAUGUGGUCUUCUGUGUACUUUUGAUAUUGAUAUUUUCAGCAUUUUUAUGUGGAGUACAACAAAAUAAUAAACAAUGUUGUAUCUUUAUAAUGUAAUCAUCAUUCUUCUUCAACAGUCUUGAUCUAAAUGCAAUGACUGCCACAGAACUUCAAAAAUAAGAAACAUUACAUCAUUCCAUUUAAAUGAUAAAAACAUGAACAUUUUAACCUAUGUAAAUAUUAAUGCAUAAGUUGUAUUAUUUUUUAUUUGCAGCAUUGCAAGUUUGUUUACAAUUUAUAUGAAAUGUAAUAAUUCGUAAGAAAACACCAACACAUUUCCUGCUGUAUGUAUUGUUUGUUUGUUUUUGUAUUAAAAGAGGGA